AUGUUCCGCGCCACAUCCCGCCUGCUCGCUUGCCGCGUCACCUUCUUCACCCGAACCCCAUGCGGCCUAUGCGACACGGCUAAAGCUGUCGUGCAGAACGUCAACGCGAAGAGGCCUUUUGAUUACGACGAGAUCAAUGUCAUGGACGCAGGGCAAGAAAGGUGGAAGAGCGCGUACGAGUUCGACACUCCGGUGAUCCACAUCGACAAAGCCGAAGCUAAGGAGACGACUACUUCGUCCCUGAAGCUUAUGCAUCGUUUCACGGAAGAAGACGUGGUCAAGGUCAUGGAUCAAGCUGAGCAAUCCUGA